CUCAACAAUACUCUUUCUUAAUCCCAUAUAUUUAACCCAUGCAUCUCCUAUUUCAGCUAUCUUUCCAUUUUCUGCAUAAUUAUAUUACAGACAAUCCAUGUCUUUGAGCCCUCCAAGAGCCAACGGCAACGAUGCAUCGUCCGAAAAACUCUACUGGUGUUACCAGUGUCAUCGAACAGUCUGGACCGUGUCCGAAUACCCAUCCAGUACCGUCUGCCCCCGUUGCUAUGGCCAAUUUCUCUACGAAGUCGACUUGGCGAGGCCCCAACCCAUUCUUGAAAUCACCGCAUUCGAUCCCUCACCGGAGGCACGAAUUGUCGAAGCGCUGGCCCUCAUGAUUGAUCCUCACUCACUUACGGGCCAAACGCGGGGACUUGGGCGGCAAAGACGACGUUAUAGGGAGCCGGAAGAGGCAGGACACCGAAGCUGGUUCCGAAGGAGGAGGCGUUCGAUUGAUGAGGAGGGCGGUGACGAUUGGGGUCCGGAAAGAGGGAUUAUAGCCCGGCCCAGAAACUGGAUUGUUCUCCGGCCCACUGGCCGUAUCCCUGCAAACAGAAACAGGCCGAGGGAAAGGCUAAUCCCACAGGGAGCAGACCCUAGAAACUACUUCAACGGGCUGGGACUGCAAGGGCUCAUCGAGGAGAUAACUCAGAACGACAGGCCCGGCCCGCCACCAGCUCCAGAUUCAGCUAUUGAUGCUAUUCCAACAAUUAAAAUUGCACAAACACAUCUGGAGACAGACACGGAAUGCCCAGUUUGCAAGGAAGAAUUAGAAGUAGGGUUGGAAGCAAGACAGUUACCAUGCAAACAUAUCUUUCAUUCUGACUGCAUUGUUCCAUGGCUGAGGCUCCAUAAUUCUUGCCCAGUAUGCCGUCAUGAAGUCGAGAUUCAUAACCAAAGUUGUGAAGGUGAAUCCAUCCAAAUUCAUGUUGAAGAUAGGAGGUUCCCACUGCUGAGGCGGAUGGCAGGGAUGUGGCCGUUCCGCUCCAGAUAUCGGCCACUUCGCCCGCGUGGAGAUGGGGCCAGACAUCACCAGGGUGAGAAUUGAACUAAACUAAGAACGGACUGCAAAGAAAACUGUACACAUGGACAUCAAACUGUCGAUUCUACUGACAUGAAAUUAGUUAUAUCU